CACGAGCAUAUCAUCUCGCGAACUUUGUUGAAGAAGGCCAUGGAACACCGUGUAGUGGGCAUGAAUCAGGGUUUGAUGUGGAACGGCAUACCGAAGGGUAUCAAAUAUUUUCUGGAGUACAAGGCCAAGAUGGCUGCUGGGGAAGAUACCGGUCCAAAGGAGUGA